AUGACGAGGGCAUAUCGUACCACCUCAACCAACGCACUCAACGUCCUUGCAGGAAUAGUCCCACUACAUCUCAAAGCCCUGCAGGAAGCUACCAUUCAGAAGGUAAAGCAGCUGCAACGAGCUGCCUUUCUGGAUGAAAUAAAUUACUCCCCAACGGACUAUGAGACACCACUGCAACAUCUAGAACUACACCCAUCCCAGCAGGGACAGGGUGUCAAUAUCUACCUAAAAGAAGACAAGCACCCACCUGCUACUGCUCUCAAGAUUUUUACAGACGGUUCCAAAUUAGAUAACAGCACGGGCUGCGCACUGGUAGUUUACAAGAACGAUGCAAAGAAGUUUCUAUGGAAGGGACACAUGCACGAUAACAAUAGUGUGUUCCAGGCCGAAGGUACAGCAUUGGCAAAAGCCAUAGCCUACAUCAAUACUACUGGAGUUACCACUGCCACUGUUAUCACAUACAGCCUCUCUGUUCUACAUGCCAUCAAAAAUGUGAAACAGCCCUCUCCGAUCAUAAACAAGAUACAACAAACUCUUCGCGAAAGUUCUCAUCAAAAAAUCCACCUAGUAUGGACAAAAGCACACGCGGGCAAUGCAGGAAAUGAAGUGCAGACAUACUGGCUAAGGAAGCAGCAAGUAAUAAGGAUGCUGAGCAGCUCAGUAUAG